UUCGUCUUCGAUCCUUUUUGUCUUGUCGUAAUGCCUGAGCCCGCCAAGUCGGCUCCGGCCCCCAAGAAGGGCUCUAAGAAAGCAGUGACCAAGGCGCAGAAGAAAGACGGGAAGAAGCGCAAGCGCAGCCGCAAGGAGAGCUACUCCAUCUACGUGUACAAGGUGCUGAAGCAGGUCCACCCCGACACGGGCAUCUCGUCCAAGGCCAUGGGCAUCAUGAACUCGUUCGUCAACGACAUCUUCGAGCGCAUCGCCGGCGAGGCUUCCCGCCUGGCGCACUACAACAAGCGCUCCACCAUCACGUCCCGGGAGAUCCAGACGGCCGUGCGCCUGCUGCUGCCCGGGGAGCUGGCCAAGCACGCCGUGUCCGAGGGCACCAAGGCCGUCACCAAGUACACCAGCUCCAAGUAAAACGACCGGGAGGCUUUUCGCACUUUGAACCCAAAGGCUCUUUUCAGAGCCGCCCACUAUCUCACAGAGAGCAGCUGUUGCCCUUUUCCUGGUGUUCCAGGGUAAGCAUCAAUUGUGUUAGCUACGAGUGAAUUAUAUGUGUAUUCG